AAUGCCGUGACAACACAGAUGAAAUGUCCUGGAGCCAAGAGAUAUCGGGCCAAGUGGGUCGCGCAGCGGCGAUGAGCUCGGCGCUAUGCGGAGAACGACCGUGAGAUGCGAGAUGAGGCACGGCCGCCCCAGACGUUACCCCAGGGGCAGUGUGUGCGCACAUCGGCAGAGACCGGGAUCGUCCAGGAGUGGACGAGUUGUGCGUUGCCCAGCCGAGCUGCCAUCGUAGGAGAAGCCGCGGGAUGCGUUGAUGAGACGGGAGUCGUCGUGGUCGUUCGUCGUGGAGCCGGGCUCCCGAUGGCACGGAUUUCUACGCGCCUCCGAGCCGAGUACGCCCCACUGAUCGGAGACCGGUUGACGCUGGCGCCAAAGAGACCUGAAUGCGUAUGUAAGUUUGCCAUCCGAAGCGCUCACAGAAGGAUUACAUUCGAUUGCCCGUGUCGAUGCCGCGAUUGGGUCUGGCAGAUUGCACCGGUGACUGGACCCUGGAACCCUGACAAGUCCCAAAUGCGCGAUCAUCAGGGGCCCAACCGUUACCGCAAACCAUCUGGCAGACACAGCUGCGGGCGGCGUGCGAACCCGUCUGGGCAUCGAGAGGCUUGUCUUGUGGCACCACGCAAAACCAGAGAUACUUGGAUUUGGGUCCUCGAGCCAAUGUGCUGUACUGCAUCUGGCUGCGAGGUGCUGCGAGUGCCUGCCGUCGAUGUGCCGGAAGGGACGUAUUAUCUGGCUAACUUCAAUUGACCCGUAGACUGCAUCAAGUCUUGCCCACUUAGUGCGUUACUGUCGGGCUUCUGUCCAUAAUUGAAUGAGGUGAAG